AUGUCCGUUGCAUCAGACACCUACUUUGCUGGCCCAAUGCAGCCAAAUUCUUACCAAUAUGGCUAUGCCAACCGCCAAAUUCAACCACAACAACAUGCAUCAGGGAAUAUGUACCAGCAGUUCCCUCCGCCACAGCCGUAUCCUUCAUCUGGUCUUUCUGCUACCUACGGUAGCCCUUCCAACGGAACCAUGCCCAAUUACCACCAUGAGUCGCACGCGCCACCUUCAUACCUUCCUGGAGUACCUGGUAGCGCUCGUCAAAGUCAUUCCCGCAGUUCUUCUCACCCCUCAUCUUCAAUGGCUGCUGAACCCGUUUUCUCUCCAUCCGACUCUAUCCCUGGAUCAGACAAUGAGCGCCAAGUUCGUGUCGUUAGUUCGAGGCCCCGACCACAAUGCUGGGACCACGGAUGCAAUGGCCGUGAGUUUUCGACCUUCAGCAACCUUUUACGACACCAACGUGAAAAGUCAGGAGUUGUUGCUAAAGCCGAAUGUCCUGUAUGCGGAGCAGUGUUUACUCGAACAACUGCACGAAAUAUCCAUGUGGCACAGGGGAAAUGCAAAGGAGCGAGUAGAGACCCGUCGGCCGAGUAG